AUGAAAGCAGGCGGAAGCCUUGCAGCAACACAAGACGGAAAGAAGAGACUUGGGUUAAUCCUUCUUAGGAACAAUGGCCGAGUCUCCGAGGCGAAAGGUGAACUCCGUCGGCAGCGCCGAGAAUUUGCCCUCGGCGAUCCCAAGAGCUGGAGGCGUGGCCUUGACGUUUUCUCUUCACUCGACCGCUGCCACCGGAGGACCGCUUCUCCAACCAACCGUUCCGCUUCUGACUACGGCCAUCUCAUCACUUCGUCCAUUUCUAUUUGA